CAUUGUUUUCAUUUCCAUUUUCUGGCAGUGGCUGGCGUGUUUGGUUUAUUUCACGCUUUGGUAUUAAAUUUGAUAAGCGCUCCGUUUUAAUUCAGUUUGAUAAACGUAGCUUGGGCGUCGACUGCUGCAGACCUUUUCCGUGUAGAUUUUCUGGGCCCGAAGUUCGAUGAAAAUGGAGGUGGAGGAGCAGGAGGCGGACGAACCGCCGCCAGUUCCAGUUGGCGAAGGACAAGCAGAUUCUGCUCCGACUUGCUCUACUGUCCAGAUGGCACAGACAGCAGGUUUUCUCUGCAGAACGGACAAAACUAACCGAGAUGCUUCUCCGACAGGUCACAGAAAAAUCUCCAGAGAGGGAAGGCGCCAAGACGCCCGAAAUGAAGGUGGAGGCCAAACUUCUGAACCCCGACCUGGCCGAGUUUGACGUUCCCGAGCACGUCCUGGAGCAGAUCGGCGAUUUGCCUCAAGUGCAGGAGUACAUCGUUGACCUGAACAGGACCAUCAGGUCUUUCAAAACAGCCACCGCGGCUCUGCAGCAGCUGCAAUCGGGAGGAAAUUCCAAUGAGUCGCGAGGGGUUUUCAUGCCCAAGAAAAAGAAAAAGGUCGAGCUUACUUCGGCGGCCGGAGACGAAUCGUGGGUCACUGGUUUGUCCAUCGCUGACCAGGUCAAGGAGAUUGCCGAAAAUGUCGUACAGGAGACUGGUUUUGUUUACCAUGAGAGUCUUGGCCUUUACUACGACAACAGCACAGGCUACUAUUACGAUCAGAAUACUGGACUCUACUAUGAUGGAGUAAACAAGACUUACUACACAUAUGACGAGAACACCGGAGUGUUUUCUGUUUAUCACCAGCAAGAAGACAAAGACCCAGAGGAAGAGCGUCGAGAGCACUGGGAGCAAGAAUUGGAAAGAAAAAAGAGAGAGUUGCUUCUGGAGGUGAAGAAAAAGAAUGCAAAGAGGAAGAAGGAGCAGAAAAUCGAGGAGGAGGAAGGAGAGUGCUCGUCAGAUUCAGAAGUGGAUUCUUACGACUACUAUAAAAAGAAGAAGUCGGCUAAAGAAAAGUCUCGUCCGGUUCAUCACAAGCUACCAACGGCUGAUGAAAUUGAUCCUUGCAUGCGACUUAUUGUUCAGCAGACGGAUCUGGAAAAGUUGAAACUGGGAACAUUGUUUAUUGUAACCUGCACCGGCGGAACUCUUGGUCGAGAGGGAAGUCAUCAUUCUGUGACGGUUCCCGAUUUGAAUGUCAGCAAAUCGCACUGCAAUUUCUUGUAUGAGGACGGAGGCUAUUGGGUGGAAGACUCAGGCAGCACAAAUGGAACAUGGCUCAAUAAGAAGAGGCUCAAAAAGGAUAAAACAAAGCAGGUGAUGCAUGGAAGUAUUAUUCGUGUGGCCAACACAUUCCUCCUAUGCCACAUUCACCCUGGCCAAGAAACCUGUGGCCACUGCGAACCAGGUUUGGUGCAGCAGCCAGAAGCUGUUUCUUCCUCUACUUUGGGUGAAAAACCGACUCACAAAGAGGAACUGCUUCGUCUGAAGCGCAGAUUUGCCCUAUCCGGAGUUGGCGAGGCCGACACGUCUCUAGCCUCGGGCUAUGUGGACAGAGCUGACCGCAGAAGAGUGACGGUCGGUUCUCAACACCACGGUGAAAAGACCGAGGCGGCUUCCUUGGACGCGGCGGUGCCGCAGUCCAACAAAGGCUUUAAGAUGCUUGAAAAGAUGGGUUGGAAAAGCGGAGAGACGUUGGGCAAAGACGGAGUUUCUGGCAUUGCUGAGCCGAUUAACAUUGAUUUGAGAGCAGACAAGACCGGUUUGGGGCUUGAUUCGAUUCCUCUGCCGCCAGAGAUGGACCGCAAGGACAAGAGGCGGAAACAAGCUUGGGAUAAAGCUCGUGAUAGGUUUCAGAACAUCCCAACUCCACCUUCAUGAAAAUCUACUUGAUUCCAGUUUAAGCAUUGUUUUAUCUUCAAUAAAAAUUGUGUCGUAAUAGUGUGUUCAAAACAAAGAUUAUUCUUUAU